AUGGCGUCGUUUUUGUCUCUCCCCGCGGUUUCCCCUCGUCUAAUUCCCACCGCUUUCUCUCUAAAACGACCCUUAAUCAACACUUCACCUAAUUUGCAUUUCAAAAAUCACCGGUUUGCCGUUAGCUGCAGUUAUUCAGGUGUUGGUGGUUUUGAAUCUUCCACAUCAACUAUAGAUGUUGUGGCUGAUGUCAAAAGUGAAAAGAUUGUAGUAUUGGGAGGCAAUGGGUUUGUUGGUUCAGCCAUAUGCAAGGCAGCAGUUUCCAAGGGCAUAGAAGUCGUAAGUGUAAACAGGUCUGGACGUCCUUCUUACUCUGAUUCAUGGAUAGAUCAGGUUACUUGGAUUUCAGGAGAUGUUUUUUAUGUAAAUUGGGACGAAGUACUUCCUGGAGCCACUGCAGUCGUCUCAACACUUGGAGGUUUUGGUAGUGACGAACAAAUGAGUAAGGUUAAUGGCGAGGCUAAUGUUCUUGCUGUGAAUACUGCAAAGGAAUAUGGAAUUCCCAAAUUCAUAUUAAUCUCAGUUCAUGACUAUAACUUGCCAUCGUUUUUACUAUCAUCGGGGUACUUCACAGGAAAGAGGAAAGCAGAAUCUGCGGUUCUAUCCAAAUUCCCUAAUUCAGGUAUUGUGCUAAGACCAGGUUUCAUAUACGGGAAAAGAAAAGUGGACGGUUUCGAGAUUCCUUUGGAUUUAGUAGGGGAGCCAGCUGAAAGAAUUCUAAAAGCAAUAGAGAACUUCACAAAACCAUUAAGCUCACUUCCUGCUUCUGAUCUACUUUUGGCUCCACCAGUUAGUGUUGACGAUGUUGCAUUGGCGGUUAUCAACGGUGUCACAGAUGACGACUUCUUUGGUGUUUUUACAAUUGAGCAGAUCAAGGAAGCUGCUCAGAAAGUAAGGGUAUGA